CCAGUGCUCAGUGCCAUGCACUGCUGCGUGUCUUCACGGCUGGCAUGCAGGGGACCAACAGCUGCAACAGACUGCGCUCUGCUUGGUCUGAAACAUGUUUCUCUCUUCUGUUUCCAUCUUCCUGCAGGUUUUUCCCAUCUGCCUAAUGGGCUCUACCCGUCCUACAUUCCCCUGAGCCACCUUGAGCCCCCCAGUGCAGGCAGCCCGCUGCUGGCCCAGCUGGGUCAGCACAGCCUCUUUGAGUCGCAGAAAGAUGGGUUCUACCUAUCCGGCCACGCAGCUCAGUCGGCCUUGCACCCGCAGCCGCCCCUCGCGAGGAGUGCAGGCGGCCACACACCGAGUGCUCUGCUGCGGGAGAAGGAGCUGGGGCAGCUGCACAAGAGCUCCAAGGAGAGCCUGAAAGACCCCGGCGGGAAGGAGCGGGGCUGCAGGACUGAGCUCUCCCUGCCCUUCACCAAGAAGGAGGGCAGGCCGAAGGAGGAGCCGCGGCCCCGCAGCGUGGUAGACCUGACGCAGGACACCAAGCCUGACGGCGAGCGGAAAGUGAGCGUGGUGGAGAAGGCGGUGAAGGCGGGCGAGCGCCUGUCGCCCUUUCUGGCUGAGCACGUGCCAAGUCGGCGGGGCGGCGGGGAGGCAAAAUCCAAGAACCCGCUGCAGAGCUCGUCCCUCAGCAACUGCAAUGGUGGCGGGGAUCCCGUGCUGAAGGUGCUGGGCGCCGAGCAGGACCGCUGCGCCAAGGACCCCGCGCGGCACGACGAGAACGUGAGGCCUUCCGUGCACGCCCACACCGAGCGGCUGAAGCGGGGCGAGACCCUGCUGCCCUCCGUGGGUGCUCUGCACGUCUCCUGCAGCUGUCCCUCCCCGCAUCCCUCGCAGCCGGGCAAAAUGGCGCCCGCCGCCACCUUCCCCCCUCAGCCCGUCCAUUCCAGCGUGUACACCAUCUUCCCGCCGGCCAAGGAGCUGGGAAGGGAGCACAAAGUCAUCGCCCCCACCUUCGUGCCUUCGGUCGAGGCCUAUGACGAGAGGAGCGGGCCCAUCCAGAUCGCCUCACAGGCCCGUGACAACAAGGCCAAGGAGAAGGAGCUGGGCAAGGCCGGCGUACUGCAGUCGCCCCCGGAGCGCUGCCUUGCCGACGCCUCCCGCGCGCUCCUCUCCCAGGACUUCUCUUGCCACGGUGAUGCCAAAAGGAUGGAGGUCCUGAGGGAGAAGGGUUCGGUGAUCAGGGCCAACUCCAUGGUUCUGAAGAGACAGGUUGCAUCGGAGCCCUUCCUCAACCGGCCAGGGCUGGGCUCUCCGGAGAGCAGGGAGUUCCUGGCCUCCAAGGAUUUGCUGAAGUCGAGUCCGGAAGCGGAACACCGUCCCUGCGAGCGAGAGCGCUUCCAGAGAUCCAGCUCCAAAGAAGCGACAAAGGUUUACGGCACUUUGGACUCCUCUCGGCAGCACCUGGACCACAGCCAGCUGAAGCCUCCCGAGCAGAAGUGGAAACCCUUUGAGAUGGGCAACUUCGCCACCACGCAGAUGGCGGUGCUGGCCGCGCAGCACAACCACGUCACCCGGGCGGAGGAGGAGGCCAAGAAGGUCUACCUGGACCCCAGCGGCUUGCCGCGUUCUUCGGUGGUGGGCUCGCGGGGUGCUGCCGACGUCCUGCACCCCACCUCCCACAGCGAAGGCUCGGCCAUGCAGAGCCUCAUCAAGUACAGCGGCAGCUUUGCCAAAGAGACCGCGUCCCGGCAGAGCUGUGGCAAGAAGAGCCCCUUCGGCGGCUUGGGCAACAUGAAGUUGGACUCAUCACAGCUGGGCACCUCCAAAGUGCAGCAGCUGCUGACACAACAGCCGGCCAAGCAGCUGAAGAGGGACCCCGAGAGACCUGAGAGUGCCAAAUCCUUUGGCCGUGAGAGCAUUGGCUCACAGGGGGAGGUAGAGGUGAGGCACCUGCCUGUCGGCAUCGCUGUGGCCGUGGCCCGGCAGAAGGACAACAGCAGCAGCAGUAGCAGCAGCAAGCUGGCGCCCAGCCUGGCGGACCGGGAUCGCUCGCUGUCUCUCAGCAGCAUCAAAGGGCACAGUCGCUCUGAAGAUGACUGCGGGGACGAGAGGAGUCGUCACCGGGACAGCCACCUCCUGGCAGGGCGGCUGGAGCGGGACCAGGAGAAGCUGCUCAGAGAGAGCAAAGAGCUGGUGGAUUUCGCUCGGAUCCACCCCUCCGGCUGUGCCACGAACGGUUUGAACUCCAACCUGAUGGUGACGGGAGGUCCGGCCUUGGCGGGCUCCGGGCGCUGGUCCACAGACCCGGCUUCGCACUUGGCAGCGCACCCCUGGCUCCCCCGAACUGGCAGCCCCUCCAUGUGGCUGGCCGGCCACCCCUACGGACUCGGCCACCCAUCCCUGCACCAGGGCAUGACUCCAGGCUUCCCCCCUGCUAUGGGAGGGGCCCUCCCUUCUGCCUACCAGUUUGCCAGAGACCCGCAGUCGGGGCAACUUGUCGUUAUCCCCAGUGAGCACUUGCCGCACUUUGCGGAGCUGAUGGACCGGGCUCCCCCGCUGUGGCCUGCCAUGUACCCCCCGACCCGGAGCUCCCUGCAGCACGCUCACCAGCUCCAGCUCCUCUCCCAUCAGCAGCUGCUGCGGCAGCACGAGCUGUACAUCCUGCAGCAGCAAGCAGCACACGCCAUGGAGCUACAGCGGAGUGCUCAGCUCGUGGAGAGGUUGAAGGCAAACGAACAGCGUGCAGAUAUGGAAGAGAAGGUGACGAAAAGGAGCCUGGACAGUGCCAAAUCGGGCCUGUCCUCCUCUGCCCCAGGACUGGUACACCGAAAGCCGCCCGUGCUGUCGCCCAGCGCCUCCACAUCCUACAGCAAGGCUGUGAGUCCACCUCCCCUCUCUCCCAGGGCCUCACCCGUGUCUGUGCUCAAAGCUGAGGUGAUCCAAAAGAUGGAGGAGCCACCUUCGCAGCCAGCCUACUCCUACCCUGCCACCCCCAGCUCCCACCCCUCCAGCCCGCCCCCCGCCUCUCCACCCCCUGCUCCUGCCAUCCCUCCAAAGGAAGAGGCACCCGAGUCUGUGGAGAAGAAAGACCUGGAAUUGGAAAAAGAGGCUGCUGGUCCGUUUCAGGCCUUGUUCCAAGAGAUCCCCCCGGGAUAUCCAUUCCAGUCCUUGCCUCCCACCUUCGGCAGACACUACCCCUACCUCCUCCAGCCCACCGCAGCAGCUGAUGCAGACGGCCUGGCUCCCGAUGUCCCGCUGCCUGCCGAAGGCUCUGAGCACAUGGAGCUUUCCCCUGAAGUCAAACCCAUCCACCUGUCUCCGUCCAAAAUGCUAGAACCCAUCCCAACAGCAGCAGAAGAGGAGUCUUUGGAAGAGAGGGUGAAAUCAGAAGUGCAGAUGGAGGAAAGCCAAGAGAGCAUCUGUGAGCAGGACAUGGGGGCUCUGAACAUCACCACCACUGCAGCUGUCCCAGUGCAGAAUGUGGACAGCUGCAAUUUGCUGUUGCAUCAAGGAGAAGCCUUGGGUGCUAUGGAACAGGACCAGGAAGACCUCCAGAGCUGCCCACCUCCUUACCAGGUUGUGGCUUGCCAGGUGGAAGAUGAGGCUCAGGCAGAGGCUGAGGGCGGAGCAGAAACCUGCUCAGUGCACAUGGACUACGACAGCUCACUGGUGCACACAGAGAGCGAGACACCUGAGAUGGACUUGACUCCCCAGCAGGAAGAGGCCUCUGUAGCCAUGGAUCUGCAAGGUGCUGAUGUGCCCCGGGGCAGGGAGUUUCCCAGCCUGCCCCCUGAGGAGGGUGAGCAGGGGUCAGAGAUGCCCUCCUACCCAGAUGAGGCGAUCUCUUGCCAAAUCCCGACUCUGGACAUCAAGCCGGGCGACCCGCUGGCGGGGAUGAACGCUUUGGUGGCUGCCACGGAAAUGCCUCAGGCUUGUUCUUUGUUGACUACUGCCAGUGUCGCUCCAUCCCAGGUGCAGAUGGAGGUGUUACCUGACCAGGCCUUGGAGCACUCCUUCCUGCAAGGGAUCACUUUGCUGAGUGAAAUUGCAGAGAUGGAGCUUGAGAAACGGAAGCAAGAAAUGCAAAGUUCAGAGAGUUUCCCUGUCCGGCCAACGCUGGAGAGUUUGCUGGCUGCCAGUACCCACAUGCUCAUGGAAGUACUUUCCACCCCCUUUAUGGAAAGUCUGAAAACCAUCCGGCUGCCUCGAGAGCUGAAUCCCAACAAAAAGUACAGCUGGAUGCAGAAGAAAGAUGAGCCCAUGUACUCUAUCAAAUCAGCCAUCGAGAACAUGGAUGCAAUGGAGCUAGACUACAGGAUGAGGCUGGCGGAGCUGCAGCGGCGCUACAAGGAGAAGCAGCGGGAGCUGGUGAAGCUGCAGAGGCGCAGGGACUCCGAGGAAAAGCAUGACGAGAAAAGUAGAAGCUUGGCGAGAAGAGGCCCUGGAAGGCCCAGGAAGAGGAAACUUGGAUCAAGCGCUCUGUCGCCCAUUAAGGAGAGAGGGAAGAGUGACAGCAAGAGUGGAAAACUAAGCAAGUCCUUGUUGCUCUCUGAAGACUCUGAGACUGGCGAGGGCAUGAAGAAGAGGCACAAAGGGGCCCUCCCGGAGGAGGAUGACGAUGUGGAGAGCGGCAGUGGCAAGAUGAAAGCGAGGAACCAGAGCUGGGAAGAACACGAUGCUGCUCCCAGCUUCUCAAACGAGUUAAAACUUAAGAAAAAGAAGGUACCAUCGGAUCAGGAACAGCUGGCCAGCAAGCUCGACAAGGCCCUGUCACUCACCAAACAAGACAAACUCAAAUCCCCCUUCAAGUUUGCUGACAGCUCUGGGGGAAAGUUGAAAGCUAGUGGAGGUGGCAGCAAGUACCUCCCUUCUCAUGAGGCUCUGCCAAGUAAGGAGGAGAAGAAGAACCUGUCCAAAAAUCUGGGCCUGUCCUUGAAAUCCACCAAGGAAGGUAAAAACAAAGUGGCUGCCAAAAUGAAGAAGAUGGAGGUGGGAUUAAAAGUCAAAAAUCAGCUGAAGGUUUCCCAUUCACCAGCAAUAUCUGAAGUUAGCAGCUACUCCUAUAAUACGGACUCGGAGGAGGAGGAGGAGGGAUCCUUGAGGGACGAGUGGCCGGCGCAGCCCCCCUCCGCCGCCAAGCCGCGGCCGCCCGGCCUCUAC